AUGGUCAAACACACAGGAAUGAUGUUGCUUUUAGCUUGGAUACUGACUGUGGUCUUUUUCAAUGGAGUCACAGCAACUGAAUACUGCUCUUCCUACUACGACGACGUCUAUAAUUAUGUUUCUGGCUUCACCUGUAGCGACUAUUGUUGUGGAUCCUACAGCUACAAAUAUUGCUGUAGCGAUGCCUGCUCCAGCAUCAGUCUGACUGACUGCUACACAUCGACAGUGACUACAGUCGCGACCACAUGGGUUAUCGUUGGCGGUGUCAUCGGCGGCUUGAUCGGCCUGGCUAUUGUCAUUGGCAUCAUCGUGGCUUUGGUAACAAUGUGUAAAGGAGAUCUGACUCAAACCAGGGCAAGAGGACGAGUCCACCAGACACCCAUAACCGUGGGCGUCAAUAGUACCACUGUCGUGUCUGGGAACAACUAUCCCCGUGCGCAGCCUACUGCGCCUCCACCUUAUCCAGGACCUCCACCAAACAGCGGCCCCCCUCCAAGCUACGCCACAGUGACGCCCAACACCGCCGGUGUGACGACAAUCUACCCGGGUUCGGGGUAUCAGAUGACCACCACAACAUACCCCGGGCAGGUUACAGUCCAGCCUCCCCAGCCUGUUGGGAACCAGACGAACGUCUACCCAGCGACAGCUAUGCCUUCGCCGCAGACAGUCGCCUACCCAACCCAGCAGCCCAGUCAGACGUACCCGCAAGCCCAGACGUCGUAUCCACAACAGCAACAGGUAUGA